UCCCCUCCCGCUCCCAUGGCCGCCGCCGCCGCCGCCGAAACCCUCGUCUCGCUCCCCAUCGCCUCCCCUUCCCGCUCCCUCCUCCGGCCCCUCCGCCGUCAACUCGCCGCCGCCUCAUCCAUCCGCCUAUCCGCCGCGCCGCCGCGGGGCCUGGGGUUCGCCCUCACCCCACGCCGCGCCCGCUGCCCGCCGGCGGCGCGCGCCAACGUGGAGCGCGACGGCGACGGCGCGUCGGGGCCAGGAGACGCCUCCUCCACCGGCGAAACCGACCGGGACCCAGCCGCGGAGCAAGCCGGCGACACCGCCACCACCAGCACCACGGGCGCGUCCCCACCGUCCCCACCCUCCUCCUCCUCCAAGAGGGAGCAGAACAAGUGGCGCCGGAAGGCGCUCAAGGGCGGCCGCGGCGGCGGGGUCGGGCGCUGGCUCUGGGAGCCCAUAGUGCAGGGCCGCGAGAUGGGGUUCCUGCUGCUGCAGCUCGGCUUCGCCAUCUUCGCGCUGCGCAUGCUGCGGCCCGAGAUCACGCUGCCCGGCUCCGAGCCACGGCCCCAGACCACCUACGUCAGCGUGCCCUACAGCGACUUCCUCGCCAGCGUCGACAAGGACCAGGUCAGGAAGGUCGAGGUCGACGGGGUGCACGUCAUGUUCAGGCUCCGGCCCGAGGUCGAGGCCAGCGUCGUGCCCACGCAGACGCCAACGCCAACGGACGCCAUCUCCGACACUGCCCUCGCUCCCAGGAGGAUCGUCUUCACCACCACGCGGCCCGUGGACAUCAAGACACCCUACGAGAAGAUGCUGGAGAACAGCGUCGAGUUUGGCUCGCCCGAUAGGAGGUCAGGCGGGAUCCUCAACUCCGCAUUGGUGGCUCUUAUUUAUGUUGUAUUAAUUGCAGUAGUUCUCCAGCGAUUGCCAAUAAACUUUUCUCAGCAAUCGACAGGCCAGCUGAGGAAUCGGAAGAAUUCAAGCUCUGGUGGGGAAAAAGUUUCAGAAAGUGCUGAUAUAGUUACAUUUGCUGAUGUGGCUGGAGUAGAUGAGGCCAAAGAAGAAUUGGAAGAAAUUGUGGAGUUUCUAAGGAACCCAGAAAGAUAUGUUCGUCUUGGUGCGCGUCCUCCUCGAGGUGUCUUGUUGGUGGGCCUUCCAGGAACUGGAAAGACACUUCUUGCAAAAGCCGUAGCAGGGGAAGCAGAUGUCCCAUUCAUAAGUUGUUCUGCCAGUGAAUUUGUGGAGCUAUAUGUAGGCAUGGGAGCAGCUCGAGUACGUGAAUUAUUUGCCAGGGCCAAAAAGGACGCACCGUCAAUUAUUUUUAUUGAUGAGAUUGAUGCCGUGGCAAAAAGUCGUGAUGGCAGGUAUCGAAUCGUCAGUAAUGAUGAGCGUGAGCAGACACUAAAUCAACUGCUCACGGAAAUGGAUGGUUUUGAUACCAAUUCAGCUGUCAUUGUACUUGGAGCAACGAACAGAGCAGAUGUUUUGGAUCCUGCUCUUCGGCGCCCUGGCAGAUUUGACCGUGUUGUUAUGGUUGAAGCCCCUGAUAAAUUUGGAAGAGAAUCUAUUCUAAAAGUUCAUGUGAAAAGAAAAGAACUUCCGCUUGGUAAAGAUGUAGAUCUCAGUGGCAUUGCUGCAAUGACAACUGGUUUUACAGGGGCAGACCUUGCAAAUUUAGUAAAUGAAGCUGCUCUGUUGGCUGGGAGAUCAAAUAAACAAAUAGUGGAAAGGAUUGACUUCAUCAGUGCGGUUGAACGCUCUAUAGCUGGUAUAGAGAAGAAACAUGUAAAGCUGAAGGGCAAUGAAAAGGCUGUUGUUGCACGGCAUGAAGUUGGUCAUGCAGUUGUGGGAACUGCUGUAGCAAAGCUGUUGCCAGGGCAGCCACGUGUGGAGAAAUUGAGUAUACUGCCGAGGUCAGGAGGUGCAUUAGGCUUUACAUACACUCCUCCCACAACAGAAGAUAGAUAUUUGCUCUUUGUCGAUGAACUGCGUGGACGUCUAGUAACACUUCUGGGUGGACGGGCGGCAGAGGAAAUAGUUCUAGCAGGACGGGUUUCUACUGGGGCUCUUGAUGAUAUAAGACGUGCAACUGACAUGGCUUACAAAGCCGUAGCAGAGUAUGGUCUUAAUCAGCGUAUUGGUCCAAUAUCACUAGCUACAUUGUCAAAUGGUGGGUUAGAUGACUCUGGAGGCUCUCCAUUUGGAAGGGAUCAGGGCCAUCUGGUUGAUCUUGUCCAAGGGGAAGUAAAAGCACUUCUACAAUCGGCACUUGAAGUUGCUCUUUCAGUUAUCCGUGCAAAUCCAGGAGUUCUGGAAGGCCUUGGAGCAUAUUUAGAAGAGAAUGAAAAGGUCGAAGGCGAGGAGCUACAAGAGUGGCUUAAGUCAGUUGUUGCCCCGGAAGAAUUGGCAUCUUUUAUUACAGGAAAGCAAGAGCAUGUUCUACAGCUCCAAGUAGCCCCCCUAGCAUCAGAAUUAUAAAUUGGACUCUUAGACACAAUUAAUUUAACCUAGCUUGAACCGCUAAAGCUCUGUAAAUCCCAAGGGAUGCAGUGAAAAAGUCUACAUGCCCAAGUUGUGCUGUAUAUAUAUACGGUGGUGUCUGCCCUUGACUAAAAGAAUUACGGAAGUGAUUAUCGAGUUGUUACCUCCGGAAUAUUGUAAGUCCUUCAGUUCCGUGGCUCUACAAUGCUGUUUUAUAGACUAGGUGGGUGGUGCACAUGUAAACAAUAUUCUUUUUUUUUCUUUUCCUGUUACAUUCUUUUCUAUCAAUCCUCCCGGUGCAUGAUUCUUAUUACCUUACAAUCUUAUCGAUACUAAUAGAAGAAUGUAUUCAUAUAUGGUUUACACA